UUGUAUCUCCGAUAAUCUUUCUCCUGAUAUUUUUUUUAAAAUAAAAAUCUAAUUAUAAUGGCUAAAGCAUUCACUAUCUUCUUCUGCUCUUUCUCUUCAUUUCCUUCCCUUUCUCCUUGGAGAGAACCCAAUUCUUUUCUCCCAAAUUCCUUCAGAUUCUCCAAUCGUCCUUCUCGAUUCAUUCGUUUCUCUUCCAAAGUUUCAGAUUCAAGCGGCUUCCACGGUGACGAUUCUUUUGGUUUCUUUCCUUGGUCUCCUGCCGACAACUGUAUUAAAAAAUGAAACCUUUUUUUCCUUUCAUUUUAAUUAUGUUUAAUCGUCCAUUCUUUUUAGUUGCUUGAUCUAAGAGAGUGAAAUCAAAAGUUAGGUACUCAAAUCUUCAAAUAUUAUUUUACGCUAUUUUUUGUUAUCAUAAUCGGAAAUUCGCCGUCGCCGGAACAGGUGCAAGAUAUAUAUGUUAUAGAUUGAAGUUGCUUAUUUUACGUAACGAAAUAGAUGGUUGAAUUGAAUUGAUUAAGGAGUCAUAGGUGUUAGAGGUAAAUCUAAGGUGAAAUUUUGGGGGCUUUUUAGUUUUGCAUUGUGAUUUAUAUGUUUAUGUGAUACUAUUAUUCCUUGUAUUUUACUCAAAUUUGCAGAUGUACAAUGGGUUCAAGAGGAGAGACUCACUUUGUUCUCUUCAGAUGGACUAAUUCAAAUUGGAGGCUCGAUGGUUCCACGGCGUUUAACUUCUCUGAUAAGAAGCAGGGGAAGUCAAAAACAUCUCAAAGAUUACAACGGUUUCAAGAGAGUGAUUACAUGGAUCCUAACCAAGGCUUAUGUCUAGGUGCUCUUUUUGACAUUGCAGCAACAAAUGGACUUGACAUGGGCAGACGGCUUUGUAUCAUUGGCUUUUGCCGUUCCAUUGAGAUGCUAAGUGAUGUUGUAGAAGAUACUGUUUUAGAGCACGGUGGGGAGGUUGUUGCGGCAGAGAAGGCCAUCAAGGGUGGUUUGCACGAAAAGCUUACCAUGAUGGUUGCAGUGCCAUAUCUGUGGGGUGUUCCCCCUGCUUCCGAUACGCUUCACCUUGCUGUAAGAAGUGGAGGGAUUGUUGAGAAGGUUUAUUGGCAAUGGGAUUUUUUGUAAAAAAAAUAAUGAAUUUCUUCUAACCAUAUUAUUACAUUGUGGACAUCCUUUGUGCAUGCUGUACAUAUAUAACUGUUGUAUUCCUGUGUACAAAACUGAAUGUUGUAUUCAAACUCAUCAACCCAAUUCAUUAGUUGGGAAUCGAUUGUCAUUUUCUAAUUGACUGCUC